AAUGAGUGACAAAGUGUGUGUUUUUUUUUUGUUUUUUUUUUUUAGUGCAACAACCUACAGUGUUAUGGAAGAAUGACUUGAUUUGAGACAUGUACAGUAUGAAAUGUUUUGGUAGUGCAUUUUGAACGUGAAAUUUAAUGCUGUGCCAAGCAAAAAAGUUUUUAAGUAGAAGUGUGUGAAAACAGUUUUGGAGAACUGAACUAAGUAUUGAAAAAUGUGUCCUAGUGAUUGUAAAAAAAACCUGAUUUUUAACUUUUAAUGUAAACUGACUUGAAUGCUGUAAAUAACUGAAUUUUGGAGAAUUUACUUGCAUCAUGCCAAAAUCUAUCACUAGAUAGAUAGAUAGAUAGAGGUCCUGAUGAAAAAAAAAGUCAGUAUCAGUAUACAUAUUUAUCUGUUUUUUUUUUUUUUUGUUUUUCUGUAAGUCUUCUUAUCUUAGCCUACACCUUCAUUUAAUCUGAAGUGCUGUUUCAUCAAUGACUUGAGGAUGGGAUAAGCUUAACAAUAUUAACAUAAAAUGGUGUAAAACACUCAGAUGGGUCGACAUUUGAGAAAACUAUUGCUUACUAUUAAAAAGUGAGAGCAGGAUGAUUGGAUAAGCAUGAGAGAUGGAGAGAUGGAGAGAGUGUGUGGGUGGGUGUGAGAGAGAUCAGAGGGGGAUGGGGUUGCCAUUCAUGUCACUGCGCCACUGAGGUCUACAAAGCCUCGACGACAUUACUGCACAUCAGGAUUUAACUUAAUCUGUCUCGAGCGUUGUGUGUGAGACUUUCCACACUCUCUGUGUCUUGAUUAAAGACUGUAAUCUGUCAACAGCUGGCUCGUCAAGCAAAAACAGGGCGUCUAAACUAGUUAAAAGUCUACGUUUCAUGUUCAAGCUCAGGAAGCUGCUGAUGCUGUGGACAGCGCACACAUGAAGCAUGGACAGAUAACCAGAGGGAGCUCAGCCACCCAUCUGAGAUUCAACGUCUCCACGAGAGAGCACCAAUGCCCCCUCUCUCGAAAAAAUAGCGGUCAAUGAACGCAAUUCAUCGACUUCACUAAAGGAUUAGUCUGGCACGGACCUUUAUUUUUACGCAUUUCCAGUUACAUUCAAGCCGAGCGUGUUAUUCCUCCGCCUGCGCAGUUCAACAACAAGAUCACAGACGGCCAGAUGUGAAACAGACCCAAGACUGAUUGUGAUGAACGAGAAACAACAAAAUUGCCCUGUAUCGAGGGUUUAUGUGGGAAGACGUGGGGUGCAUCUGGGAAGUAACCUUAGCAACCGGAGAAUCCUGAACCCUGCAUAGAUGCUUUACAUAGAAGCAUUAUUUCAUCGCUGACGUCCCAUUUUCAGAACCUUGGACAACGACGAGCACGUUCCACAGUGCGACACGCUGAGGAAAAAAGGGGAUAAUCGACGAAUAUUUCUAUAUUUACCAAUUCUUCUUCUUCUAUAUCUACAUUUAUCACCGCGAGGAAGACGUAUUGAUUAAUUCUGUAUUUAAAGACCCCGUAAUAAUCAAGGCAACAUGGGAACUGUACUCUCAGUCUCCCCGAGCUACCGAAAGGCAGGCCUGUUUGAUGAAAUACCACCCCCUCUGGCACAUUAUACAGCUGUGCAGAACAGUAAAAAUGCCAAGGACAAGAGCUUGAAGCGUCAGUCGCUCAUCAAUGUCCUGCCAUGGAAGCGCAUCGUGGCGGCUUCGGCCAAGAGAAAAGGUUCUAAGAAGCUGGCCUCUGGGGACAGUCAGGAUGAAGAGAGCGUGGGCACACUCAACAGCCAAAACCUGAAGAAGUCCCAGUCCUGUGCCAACCUCUCCGGCUUCACCCAGGAGCCAGCCGUGAGCUCCAUUCCCACCUCCAAAACCACCGCCAAUGUGGCCUCCACUGCGAAGAGGACCUCCAUCACCGGAUCGGUGAGCCAAGCGACCAACGCAGGCACACCCAAAAGAGUGAUUGUGCAGGCUUCCACCAGUGAGCUCCUGAGGAGCCUGGGUGAGUUCCUGUGCCGACGCUGCUACCGACUGAAGCGCCUCUCCCAUGCCGACCCCGUUCUGUGGCUGCGCAGCGUGGACCGCUCCCUUCUGCUGCAGGGCUGGCAGGACCAGGGCUUCAUCACCCCGGCUAACGUGGUCUUCCUCUACAUGCUCUGCCGUGAAGUCAUUUCGGCCGAGGUGUCCAGUGAGCGCGAGCUACAGGCCGAGCUACUCACUUGCCUCUACCUGUCGUACUCCUACAUGGGAAACGAGAUUUCAUACCCACUCAAGCCCUUCCUGGUGGAGACGGAUAAGGAUGCCUUCUGGAAUCGCAGUCUGGCGAUCAUCAACCGGAUGAGUAGCAAAAUGCUCCAGCUUAACUCUGACCCGCACUACUUCACACAGGUUUUCGCUGACCUGAAAAACGAAAGUCAAAAGGAGGAGGAGAGCCGGCUGCUUAUAGGCCUGGAUCGAUAAGUAAGGUGCUUGUGCAUAAACAGAAAAAGAAUGUGCAUAAAAAGUUUGCACAGAAAAAAACAAAAAAACAUUGUUUUCUCUCUUUUUUACAAAAACACUUUAGUGUCAUUAGUAUUAAAAAGCUUCAGAGCAUAGUUUUGAAGCUUAUUUGUAGCAAUGAAUGCGACUAGAUCAGCCAUUCUAAGGAAUAGUUCACCUACAAAUAAAAAUUUGUAAAUUUUUACUCAUCCUCAGGCCACCCAUGAUGAGAUGAGUUUGUUUCACUUGCUCACUAAUGAAUCCUCUGCAGUGAAUGGGUGCCGUCAGAAUGAGAGUCCAAACAGGUGAUAAUGGCAUCACAGUAAUCCACAAGACUCCAGUCCAUCAAUUAAUGUCUUGCGAAGUUAAAAGCUGUGUAAUAAACAAAUGAAUCAUUAAGAGUUUCAUCUUAAAUACGAAUCCUCUAUCCAUGUUAUUGCUUUCUCCAGUGAUCAGGAGAGAAAUGUGCACCAAUAAAGCACCAUUUACAAGCGAAAACUGUUCAAAACCAUUCUAAACAAAGAUGUUGGUGGAUUUUGAUGUGAGAUUUUGACUCAUUAUGGACUCUCUGACAGCACCCAUUCACUGCAGAGGAUUUAUUGGUGAGCAAGUAAUGUAAUGCUAAAUUUCUCCAAAUCUGUUUCUAUGAACAAACAAAUUCAUCUACAUCUUGAAUGGUUUGAGGGUGAGUAAAUGUUCAGCAAAUGUUUUUUUGAGCAAACUAUUCCUUUAAGAUCUGACAAGAUGCAGGACGACACCUUGCUAACCAACAAGGUGUUCAUUGACUGGUCGUGUGGCUUUCCUGAGGUCAACAAAUCAGCUGCAGGAUAUACGGACCGUGCAGCAUGUUGACCUUUCCAAGUGAUUCCAUCCAUACACAAACAUGAGCAGCAGUCUUUAUGACUCCCAAUAAAAAAAUGCUUCUUGACUCACAAUAAAGACUGAGCGGCAUGAACUGAAAAGCUCAGCUUGUGCUGUAUUCUUACAGCUUGCCGUGCUCACAACAGACUGAGUAGUUUGAAAACGCGAGCCAAGUUAGCAACACUUUCAAAAUUAUACAAACCAAAGACUCUAGUUUGACCUUCUACGAUUUCAACAUUCACAUAAAUCCUACACAUUGAUGAAGUGAUAUAUAUGAGGACCAUGAACUGCUGCUCUUGCAUGGUAUCACGUUUUCAACAUGUUAUGUUUGUUUGGCAUAUCUUAGUGGCCUUUAAAGAAGGUCUGGGUCUUAAACUGCUGCAGGUUCGAGGCCAUUUGUUGAGGUGGUCUGUCCAAACAUACAUCAGUUGUUGUUAAUGACAUUCUUUCUUAAGGAAAUUUAUUAUGCUUUAUGAGCUAAAAUGAUUCACAAUUUGUGAUGAAGAAAUGACCGCACCGCUUCCAACUUUCACCUUGAGAAGGAGACUUGUUUUCCAAGUUGCGCUACCUAUUGUCAUCGUGAAAAGAACUGAAAUGUCUAUUUGGGAACAAACAAAUGGAGAAGUAGAUAUUUUAUGUAUUUUCAACAGCAAGUACUGUAUGUUCUUAUACGGGUGUUAAUGCAUGCUUCUUUGACCGACCACACACUUUUUAAAAGAUCUUUGUUUAUGAUUUGAUGGUCACAAUUUUUGUAUGAUGUUCUUUUGGAUGGUGUUCCAAAAAUAAUGUGCCAUAAAGACAUAAAAGUUAUAAAAGUCAGCUAGAAGUACACUAAGUUUUUGUAGCCUUCUCAUUAGGAAAGGGAUAUUUUUGAAGGAGCAAAGGAGAAGGGGCAUUAUAGAAAGACUUAGGAGUAGGAGACAUACAAUGUCACAAAUAUUUUGUUAAAAAAGAAAGGGAAACGUGCUUGUAUUGUUAGAAACUCACCAUUGUUUUCGGUCCAUAAUAGAUUCAGAAUACUAUUUUCAUAAUUAUGCAUACAUAAAAACAAAACGCUACAGUUAUUUUCAAUACACAAAUGCCCUAUAUCAGAUACAAAAAAAAAAAAACUCUAAAAACAUAAUAGUGCAAGGGUCACAUGCAAAAUAAAUAACCAUUGUUAUUUAAAUCAGAAAAGGGUUAUUUUGCAGUUUUAAGUCAGCCUGUUAAAAGAAAGCACUUACAAAAAUGAUCAAUGUUAAUUUUGCCCAAAACACUAAUUUUUAGUCUUCUUUUUUCUGCAAUUUAAUGCGCUCUCACAUAUCUGAGAUAGAGUAUUAACAAAUUUGAGAGCACAGUUGAUUUGAUUUUACUUUCAUAAUUUGACACACAUUGCAAACCGGUGUUAAUAGUAGAUUGGUUGCUGAUGAGAUGUUUUGAAGUGAUGUAAUCAGUAAUCAUCCUGAGAACGAGGUGCAGUCGUUCCUGUGAAUGAGAGAUUUUCAUCAGCAUUCUUUCGAUACAUUGUUCACUCACUAUUCAAGCUUCAGCAUGUGACACGAGGACAAGCGCAGUUUUUGUUAAAGGUGAUGAACUGUGAUGAAGGAGGGACUUUAAAGCAGUUCGCAGGUAAAAUAUUAACAUUUGCAAAGGGGCGUGUGAAUAGAUUUUUGAGUCUUAAGAGGCCUCUAGUACAGCAGCUUUCCAAUAUGCAAAUGAUAAGAUACUGAUGAAAUGUAAGAUACUAAUAAGAUGAAUUACCUGUAGCACACAAAAAACUGAUCAAAUCAACUCAGAUGGCAGGUCAUCUGUGACCUGAUUGCACUAUGUUUAGCAAUAUGCAUAUUUGAAGUUUUAAAGAUCAAUGACAAACAAAAGCUAACAGACCACAGUCUUUAAACCCAUUUAUAUGUCUUUUGUAAGGUUUUUUUUUUUUUUCAGUUGAUGUAUGGCAUCAUUUAAACACAAGGCUAUUUACAUAUUUCUGAUCAUUUGCUGAUACUGCAUUUACAUUUAUCCCCCAUAUUUUGUGUCUGGCCUCAUUCUGAUGGUGCUAUUAAUGCAGAUAUCACAUUUUACUCAUAACAAGACCUUUCUCAUUGGUUAGCUGAAUGUAGUUAAGUUUUGUACAUAGGGCAAAAAGACUGUACAUGCAUUGAUGCUACAAUGGCUCCAUUGGUAGAACGGGAUAUAGGAUGUGAUGAUAAUAGACCAUAACAGAUCGGGGUGGAGAAAGGCCAUUAAUUACAGCAACUCUGUUCUUGUCAUAGAUAACGAAAGAGGCAGAAUUGUGUUAUUAUGUUUUAUACAAUUUUUGUGGUUGAUGUAACAUUCUUCAACAGAAAAAAAAAAAACUGUAUAGCAACAAAAGACUGAAAUAUGUUUUUUUUUCUUUAUGUUUCACGUUGUGUGAACUUUGUUGAUCAAAAUGAAACAAAAAUGAGAUGUAACUAAUAUAUUUAAAGAAGCAAUCUGUUACAGUAUAUGGGUGUGUAUGAAUGUGAGUUUGUGCAAUGACUUUGGUCAACUCUUCUAUCUUCUUUAUAUAAAAAUGUGCAUUU